AUGGACAACCGUCCCCGAAGCCCAACGCCUAAUUCCGGUAGCCCAUACAAGAAUACAUAUCCGGUCCUCAGAAGCUCUCUUAGCCAUGAUAUCCUCCCAAGGUCAAGCACUGCCUCCAGGCCCAAGGGACCUAACCACAGCAACGAUCCCGAUGCCGAUUCGGAGCCCGAGCACAACCUGUAUGGUGAGCUAAGCAGGAGUCAGUCUCCCACUCACUAUUCUCCGCGUACUUCAGCGUUCCCAGACGUUGGCAACUCUCGUAACCAGACAGCCUCAGCAUCAGCGAAUACGCAACCUCGUCGAUUCCGUGCUACGGAUUUCGGGUCACCAGUACAAGAAUCAAAGGCAUUUGAACAUAAUAGCAAUUCACUCACCGUAGAAUCUAAUCAACUCCGGGAUCUAAACAGCCGGCUGUUUGAAAUCUACACAGAUCCGAGCACAGACGCGGGCGCAGAUGCAGAAGAACCCGUCAGGGUUUAUCACAAGUUACAGCAGUUACCCCCGGCUCUCGUACAUCGCCGAUGCGGUGAUGAAAAAGGGAAUGACCACUCUGUAACUGUCAACGACAACAAAGACAAAGACGGCAACAAAGAAAACAUUCCUCCCGACACUACCAUACCACUUGAAGGAGGAAGGUCAAGGCUGCGCGGGGACAGAUACCGGCGACCACUGGGGCAGCUGAAUCCAUCUGAUUUCUACCCUGGCGAUAUAAGCACGUGCGCGAACUGCUCGCGCAACAUCAUCGGGGCCGGGGCUGGCAAUUUGCGCAUGAAUGAUGAUGAUGGGGAUGUGUUCUUGGGCGGCCCUGGUGCCGGGUGGGCAAGCGGGGCAAACCGGUGCCAGAUCCGGUGUUUUAGGUGUUGGAAGUGA